AUGGAAAUGCGUAACAGAGGGAGAAAGCAGACUUACAAAAAAACAGUGACCAUUAAAAAGAAUGGAAAGGAAACGAGAAAAAAUCGUGAGAGAAAAAGAACGAGAGAACGAGAACGAGAGAACGAGACAGAAUGGAAAAGAGAGAACGAGAAAGAGAGAACGAGACAGAACGGAAAAGAGAGAACGAGAGAGAGAGAGAGAGAGAGAGAGAGAGAGAGAGAGAGAGAGAGAGAGAGAGAGAGAGAGAGAGAGAGAGAGAGAGAGAGAGAAAGAGAGAGAGAGAGAGAGAGAACGAGAGAGAGAGAACGAGAGAGAGAGAGAGAGAGAGAGAGAGAGAGAGAGAGAGAGAGAGAGAGAGAGAGAGAGAGAGAGAGAGAGAGAGAGAGAGAGAUUUCAAAAGAUUGGGAAUUAGAAAAGUCCAAAGAGCUACACGUAGGUAAGAAUGGAAAAGUACAGAACAAAGGAAAGAAGAGAGAGAGAGAGAGAGAGAGAGAGAGAGAGAGAGAGAGAGAGAGAGAGAGAGAGAGAGAGAGAGAGAGAGAGAGAGAGAGAGAGAGAACGAGAGAGAGAGAGAGAGAGAGAGAGAGAGAGAGAGAGAGAGAGAGAGAGAGAGAGAGAGAGAGAGAGAGAGAGAGAGAACGAGUUAGAGAGGAGAAGAGAGAGAGAACGAGUGAGAGAGACAGAGAGAGAGAAAGAACGAGAGAAGAAAAGAAGCGUACAAGUAAAACGCACGAACGAAUGAGAACGAGAGAACGAGAGAGAGAUGAAGGAGAGAGAAGAACGAAGGAGAGAGAACGGGAGAGUGAGAAUGAGAGAGAGAACAAGAACGAGAGUGAGAGAACGAGAACGAGAGGGAGAGAACGAGAACGAGAACGAGAGAGAGAACGAGAUAGCGAGAGAGAUAGAAUGAGAACGAGAGAGAGGGAACGAGAGAACGAGAGAAUUGGGACGAGAGAGAGAGAACGAGAGAGAGCGAACGAGAGAGAAAAAAAACGAGAUGCCAUCUCGGAUACCCGCGUCGCGCUUUUCGAGGCGCCUCGAAGGUCAGGGCUGAGCGGCGGUAGAGCCGCCGCUGAUCAUGCGGCAGGUGCUGAGGCGCUACAAUUAGCCGCAGUGGAGCCGCAGAUGGCGCAGAUCACUGAUGGCAUUGACGCAGGCUCGCAGCAUUAG